UCUCGGACAGAAUUGUCGGUGCACUUAGAAUACAGCAACACAAGCUAAACAACAAAAACGACUUGAGGAGUUUAUUCAUUUUUGUUUCUCAUAUUUGAUUUUUUUAACUUAUGGAUUUAUCCUUUUAUAUGUGAUGAAUAAUAUACCGAAUGUUUCUCUUUAGCCGUUAGGUUGCAGAAUGCUAACAAACUAGCUCACUUUAGCCCUUGCUAAACUGUCUAAUUCAGCGUCUAUGGCCAUUAACGGGAGUCUUUUUGCUAACUGAAGCUUGGUGCUUUUCAGGGGGUUUGCAGUAAAACGUUAAAUCGCACGUUCGGGAGCCGUUUAAAUCAACUGUGUUAUUUUGGAUCUCGGUCAGCGGUGAGAAGAAAUGCCUACGGUGGUCUUAAUGGACGUGUCCCUGUCCAUGACACGACCAGUGUCCCUGGAUGGCAGUGAGGAGUUCCAGAGGAAGAACCUGGCUGUCCACGGACUCAACAUGCUGUUUGAACAUAUGGCUUCCAACUAUCGCUUGGAGUUCACCGCCCUGAUGGCCUUCUCCUCCCUCUGGGAGCUGCUGGUGCCAUUCACAAGGGAUUACAAUGCGUUACAGGAUGCACUUAGUAACUUGGAAGACUAUGACAAAACUUGUCUUGAGUUGGCUCUUCAAGGGGUUAGCAGCGUUGUUCAGCAGGAGUGGGGCAGUGCUUGUCCCUGUCAGGUGGUGCUGGUUACAGACGGAUCUCUUGGGAUUGGAAAGGGUUCCCUUCGCCACUCUCUUCAAACCCUGAAACUUCGUGGUGAUGACAAAAAGUUUCCACUUCCUUUCCCUUUUCCCACCAAGAUGUUCAUCAUGUGUAUAGCCAAUGCAGAGGAGUUGCAAAUGACUGACACCAUGGAUAACCUGGAGGAGCUCCUUCGUCUCAGUGGAGGGGAUGGACAGAUCUUCACCGUGGACGGACUGCUUUGCAUGAAGAGUGUACAAGCAAUGUUUGGGAUGCUGAUUGACCGAGCGUACUCUCCCUUCCACGCAGUUCUGCACUGCGGGAAUCUGUCUUCAGACGUUCAGGUGUUCCCUCGCCCCGAGCCUGUGGUGGUGGACGAAGAGGUGGAGCCUAUUCCCCGAGCUGUCAGCACAGAUUUGGAAAUUGUGGGCUUCAUUGAAAUUGCAGACAUCUCCAGCCCUCCUGUAAUAUCCAGACACUUGGUUCUUCCCAUUGCUGUGAACAAAGAAGUAGAUGAAGUUGGUACAGGAGCCACCGAUGAGCUUGAGGAGGAACCUUCAGCCAGCCAAAUGGCAGGGAAAAGCCCAAAUUUCUGUGUUCUUCUGCAUGGAAGUCUGAAGGUUGAGGGGAUGGUGGCUCUGGUCCAACUGGGGCCGGAUUGGUUUGGCAUGCUGUACUCCCAAGCAGACAGCAAGAAGAAGUCCAACCUGAUGAUGUCUUUGUUUGAGCCCAGUCCAGAUCCCCUGCCUUGGCUGGGCAAGAUCUCACAUCUGGGACCUGUUUCAGACUUCCCUCUGAUGCGUAGUCAUCUUUCUGGUGUCACAGAGGCUGCAGAAAAUCCCUACGGAGAGGAUGACAGUAAAAGCCCGUUCCCCGUGCAGCCACAGGUCAAACGAAGCUAUGCUCAGAAUGUCACCGUGUGGAUUAAAGCCAGCGGGCUACAGACCGACGUUCAGAAGAUCUUGAGGAAUGCAAGGAAAUUACCUGAUAAAACUCAGACAUUCUAUAAGGAGCUGAAUCGUCUGCGGAAAGCUGCCCUGGCUUUCGGUUUUUGGGAGCUCCUAAAGGGCGUGGCUGAACUGCUGGAGAGGGAGUGCACCCUGCUGCCCGACUCGACGCAUCCUGAUGCUGCUUUCCAGCUCUCCCAUGCUGCACACCAGCUCAAACUAGCCAGUUCUGGUGACUCCCAGUAUGCCGCUUUUGACCACAACAUUGUCCCCAUGCACACAGACUUCUCAAGCUGAGCCACCUUGUAUUAACUGAUUCUGAACCAGAUGUGAACUGGAACCAUACUGACCGGGCUUGUCCGAGAUGUCAUAUGGGGACACAAUUUAUCUGAAAUAAUUCAGAAGGAAACCUUAAAAAAAAAUCUUAGAUGUACAUAUUGUUUUUUUUACAUGUUUCUUUAUACAAUAUAUUUCCCAGAUUGACAGGUAAUUAAAUUACUCAUCAUUCAGAAUUUUUAUUCAGUGCCAUAAGUUAUCAAAAUGACAAUUCAAGGAACAUUUUGAAUAAUAAAGAUGCAUCCUGGGUCAUAGCUGAGCUGAAAAAGUGAAUUGUGUUUUAAAGGUCAUCGCUUUAUCUCAGACUUUUAUGAGAAGGGUAAAAUAAAGAAAACCAUGCAUUAGA